GGUCUGUUUGGCGGCGGGGUCGGCUCCGCGCGGGUCGGGAUGGAGCUGCACAUCCUAGAACACCGGGUGCGGGUCCUGAGCCUCGCCCGCCCCGGGCUUUGGCUCUACACCCACCCGCUCAUCAAGCUGCUCUUCCUGCCCCGCCGCAGUCGGUGCAAGUUCUUCAGCCUCACGGAGACCCCGGAGGAUUACACGCUCAUGGUGGACGAGGAGGGCUUCAAAGAGCUGCCGCCAUCCGAGUACCUGCAAGUGGCUGAGGCCACAUGGCUGGUGCUGAACGUCUCAUCCCACAGCGGUGCAGCCACGGCAGUGCAGGCUGCUGGGGUCACCAAGAUCGCUCGCUCGGUCAUCACGCCACUGGCCGAGCACCAUGUGUCGGUGCUGAUGCUGUCCACUUACCAGACGGACUUCAUCCUAGUGCGGGAGCAGGACCUAUCUGUGGUGAUCCACACGCUGUCCCAGGAGUUCGACAUUUACCGUGAGGUGGGCGGGGAGCCUGUGCCCGUUGCCAGGGAUGAGUCCAGCAACGGCUUUCCCCGUGCCCAGCAUGGGCCCAGCCCAACGGUGCAUCCUGUUCAGAGCCCUCAAAAUCGCUUCUGUGUCCUCACGUUGGACCCCGAGACGUUGCCAGCCAUCGCCACCACGCUCAUAGAUGUCCUCUUCUACUCGCACAGUGCCCCCAAGGAGGCAGCCCCUGUCAGUCCUGAACCCAACUCCAUCCCGUUCUUUGCCUUCUCCCUCAUUGAGGGCUACAUCUCCAUCGUCAUGGAUGCCGAGACACAGAAAAAGUUCCCCAGCGACCUGCUGCUGACCAGCUCCUCGGGGGAGCUAUGGAGGAUGGUGCGCAUCGGUGGACAGCCGCUGGGCUUUGACGAGUGUGGGAUUGUGGCCCAGAUCGCGGGUCCCCUGGCUGCAGCUGACAUUUCUGCAUAUUAUAUCAGCACUUUCAACUUUGACCAUGCUCUGGUACCCGAGGAUGGUAUUAACAGCGUCAUCGAGGUGCUCCAGCGACGUCAGGAGGCCCUGAGCUCCUGAGCUCCAUGGG